CCUGGAGCCCGGCCUUCGGGGCAGGGAGGCGGAGUCCCCGGUGCAAGGUCCGGGGACCAGCAGCCGAGGACGCCGGGGUCCCGGAGCCAACAGGAGGUUUGGGGCUGGGACCCCAGAGACCUGUGUGCAAGGAAGUGGGCUGAGGCCUGGCCCGGGCUCCCCUUCCCCCGCUGGGCCCAGGAUGCCCCGCGGCAUCAGCAGCUCCUGAGCUCAUGGAGCCCUCGGCCACCCCAGGGGCCCAGACUGGGACCCCCACUGGCGGCGGGGAACUGUCACUGUCACACGUGCCUCCCGACUACGAAGACGAGUUCCUGAGCUAUCUGUGGCGUGAUUAUCUAUACCCGAAGCAGUAUGAGUGGGUCCUCAUCGCUGCCUACGUGGCUGUGUUCCUGGUGGCCCUGGUGGGCAACACGCUGGUCUGCCUGGCCGUGUGGAGGAACCACCACAUGAGGACGGUCACCAACUACUUCAUCGUCAACCUGUCCCUGGCUGACGUGCUGGUGACAACCAUCUGCCUUCCAGCCAGCCUGCUGGUGGACAUCACCGAGUCCUGGCUCUUUGGUCAUGCCCUCUGCAAGGUCAUCCCCUAUCUCCAGGCCGUGUCUGUGUCGGUGGUGGUGCUGACUCUCAGCUUCAUCGCCCUGGACCGCUGGUAUGCCAUCUGCCGCCCGCUGUCGUUCAAGAGCACCGCCCGGCGCGCCCGGGGCUCCGUCCUGGGGAUCUGGGCGGUGUCGCUGGCCGUCACGGUGCCCCAGGCUGCAGUCAUGGAAUGCAGUAGCGUGCUGCCUGAGCUAGCCAACCGCACCCGGCUCUUCUCCGUCUGUGAUGAACACUGGCCAGAUGACCUCUAUCCCAAGAUCUACCACAGCUGCUUCUUCAUUAUCACCUACCUGGCCCCACUGGGCCUCAUGGCCAUGGCCUAUUUCCAGAUCUUCCACAAGCUCUGGGGCCGCCAGAUCCCUGGCACCACGUCGGCCCUGGUGAGGAACUGGAAGCGCCCCUCAGACCAGUCGGACGACCAGGGGCUGGGCCUGAGCACAGAGCCCCCGCCCCGGGCCCGGGCCUUCCUGGCUGAGGUGAAGCAGAUGCGCGCGCGGAGGAAGACGGCCAAGAUGCUGAUGGUGGUGCUGCUGGUCUUUGCCCUCUGCUACCUGCCCAUCAGUGUCCUCAACAUCCUCAAGAGGGUGUUCGGGAUGUUCCGCCAAGCCAGCGACCGAGAAGCCAUCUAUGCCUGCUUCACCUUCUCCCACUGGCUGGUGUACGCCAACAGCGCUGCCAACCCCAUCAUCUACAACUUCCUCAGUGGUGAGUGGGCUGGGGAGGCAGGGCCACUGAGGGGGGUGGCAGUCCCGCCCCCAAGCCAGGCUGAAUAA